AUGCCGGCCACCAAAAUCGAUGGCACUGCCAUUGCGAAGGAUAUUCGCGAAAAGCUCAAGAGUGAGAUUGCCGACCUGCAAGCAAAGAACUCCAGGUUCAAGCCGAACUUGGUGAUCUAUCAAGUCGCUGAUAGAUCCGAUUCCAGCACGUAUGUGCGCAUGAAAUUGAAGGCUGCUGAAGAGGCCAAUAUUCUGUGCAGCAUUAUCAAGUUCCCUGAAACCAUAACCGAAGCAGAAUUACUUUUUGAGAUUGAAAAGUCCAACAAUGACCCGGCAGUUCAUGGUAUCCUCGUCCAGCUCCCGCUCCCCAGCCACAUCUCCGAGCACGCGGUCACAUCGGCCGUUUCAGAUGACAAGGAUGUGGAUGGCUUUGGUACGUUGAGUAUUGGCCACCUUGCCAAGCGAGGUGGCCAGCCAGUGUUUGUCCCCUGCACUCCUCAGGGUGUGAUGGAACUUCUCCGAGUCAGUGGUGUUGACCCUGCUGGAAAGGAGGCCGUAGUCCUCGGUCGUAGUGACAUCGUUGGUAGCCCUGUCAGCUACUUGCUCAAGAAUGCGGAUGCAACUGUGACUGUAUGCCAUUCGAAGACCAAGAAUUUGAGUGAAAUCCUCAAGAGGGCGGACAUUGUUGUUGCUGCUAUUGGACAGCCUGAAUUCGUCAAGGGAGAACAGCUUAAGCCCGGCGCUGUUGUCAUUGAUGUUGGCACAAAUUAUAUCCCUGAUUCCACCAAGAAGUCUGGCUUCAGACUGGUUGGCGAUGUCCACUUCGAAUCCGCAGUCGAAGUUGCUUCUCAGAUUACCCCUGUUCCCGGCGGUGUCGGCCCUAUGACAGUCGCGAUGCUUCUGCGAAACGUUGUUAACUCUGCUAAAACAUACUUUGAUAAGCAGAGGGAUCGUCAUAUCAUUCCUCUUCCUCUCAAGUUGACUACUCCUGUUCCGUCGGAUAUUGCCAUUUCACGUGCUCAGCACCCCAAGCCUAUUACCAAAAUUGCUGCUGAGGUGGGCAUUGCUGCUCAUGAGCUGGAACCUUACGGACAUACAAAGGCUAAAGUCAGCCUGUCUGUCCUCGACCGACUUGCUCACCGCCGCAAUGGUCGCUACGUCCUGGUCACUGGUAUCACGCCAACGCCACUAGGAGAAGGAAAGUCUACUACGACGAUGGGUCUGACCCAGGCUCUGGGAGCACAUCUGAACAGGAUUGUCUUUGCCAAUGUCAGACAGCCUAGUCAGGGGCCUACUUUCGGUAUCAAGGGAGGUGCUGCUGGUGGCGGUUACAGUCAGGUUAUACCCAUGGAUGAAUUCAACCUUCAUCUGACUGGAGACAUCCACGCCAUCACUGCUGCAAACAAUCUUUUGGCAGCAGCUAUUGACACUCGCAUGUUCCAUGAAGCAACUCAAAAGGACGCCGCUCUGUACAAGCGUUUGGUUCCAGCCAAGAAGGGCAAACGUGAAUUCCAGCCUAUUAUGUUCCGUCGGUUGAAGAAAUUGGGCAUUACAAAGACUGACCCAAAUGAAUUGACCGAAGACGAAAUCCGCCGCUUCGCUCGUCUCGACAUUGACCCCGAGACAAUUACAUGGCGCCGUGUACUUGAUGUCAAUGACCGACAUCUUCGUGGAGUCACUGUUGGCCAAGCGCCAACCGAGAAAGGUCUUUCGCGCCAGACUGGAUUUGACAUUUCAGUUGCCAGUGAGUGUAUGGCCAUUUUGGCUCUCAGCAACGACUUGGAGGACAUGCGUGAACGUCUUGGACGAAUGGUGGUUGCCACAUCCAAGAAUGGUGACCCUGUAACGUGUGAUGACAUCGGUGCUGGCGGAGCCCUAGCUGCUCUCAUGAAGGAUGCCAUCAAGCCGAACAUGAUGCAGAGUUUGGAAGGUACCCCAGUGUUUGUUCACGCGGGCCCAUUCGCAAACAUCAGUAUCGGUGCCAACUCGGUUGUGGCCGAUAAGCUAGCUCUCAAGCUUGCGGGUACUGAGCCUGACGAAGACCACGACGCAAAGACCGGUUUCGUGGUCACAGAAGCUGGUUUCGAUUUCACCAUGGGUGGAGAGCGUUUCUUCAACAUCAAGUGCCGCUCUUCAGGGCUUGUUCCCGACGUGGUCGUUGUCGUGGCUACUGUCCGCGCCCUCAAGGUGCACGGUGGUGGACCUGAGAUCUCCCCCGGAGCUCCUCUGCCUGAAGUUUACCGAACUGAGAAUGUAGACGUCCUUCGUAAGGGCUGUGUCAACCUCCGUAAACACAUCCAAAACGCUCGCCAGUACGGUCUUCCAGUUGUCGUCGCUGUCAACAAGUUUGAGACCGACACAGAUGCCGAAAUUGCAGUCAUUCGCGAAGAGGCUAUUGCCGCCGGUGCCGAGGACGCAGUACCAGCCAACCACUGGGCUGAAGGUGGUGCUGGCGCAGUCGACUUGGCCAAGAGCGUCAUCACAGCCAGUUCGCAGCCCAAUGACUUCAAACUGUUGUACACUCUGGAAGGCUCCGUCCAAGAGCGUAUCGACCAGAUUGCCAAGGUCAUGUACGGCGCCGACAAGGUCGAGUUUAGCGAGCUGGCUCAGAAGAAAGUCGACACCUACACAAAGCAGGGCUUUGGCAAUUUGCCAAUCUGCGUGGCCAAGACUCAGUAUUCGUUGAGCCACGACCCCGCGUUGAAGGGAGCUCCUACUGGGUUUACCGUUCCUAUUCGUGAUGUUAGGCUGUCAGCUGGUGCUGGAUACCUGUACGCGCUUGCUGCCGAUAUCCAAACGAUUCCCGGUCUUCCCACGGCUCCUGGUUACCUGAAUGUCGAUGUUGACCCUGUGACUGGCGAGAUCGACGGACUUUUCUAA